CGGGACGCCGCCGGGACGCAUGCGCGGGCGGCACCCAGGGAAUUAAAAGAGAGAGGGAAAAAGAGCUCCCGCAGAAACCGCGCAGCUCGCGUCCCCCGCGGCCGGCCGCGGCGUGAUGCGCACGGCCCGGCCCGUGACGCCGCGGCCGCCCCCGUCCCGGUCCCCACGCCCCAGCCGCCAUCGCGCGCCCGGCUCCGGGAUCCCGGCUCGCCGCCUCGCUCCCCAUGGGGCUGCGCCGCUGGCUGCGGAGCGCCUGCUGCUGCUGCCCGUGCCGGUGCCUGGAGGAGCCCGCGCGGCCCGAGAAGGAGCCGCUGGUCAGUAGUAAUAAUCCAUAUUCCUCAUUUGGAGCCACUCUGGAGAGGGAGGAUGAAAAGAAUUUAUGGAGCAUGCCUCAUGAUGUGUCCCAUACAGAGGCGGAUGAUGACAGGAUCUUGUACAAUCUGAUCGUCAUUCGUAACCAGCAGACCAAAGACUCAGAGGAGUGGCAAAGACUCAACUAUGAUAUCUACACCCUGCGGCAGGUGCGAAGGGAAGUGAGAAACAGAUGGAGGCGGAUCUUAGAAGAUUUGGGUUUUCAAAGGGAAGCAGACUCUUUGUUGUCAGUGACCAAGCUCAGCACCAUGAGUGAUUCUAAAAACACGAGAAAAGCCCGGGAGAUGCUGUUAAAACUGGCCGAAGAGACCUCUAUCUUCCCUGCCAGCUGGGAGCUCUCUGAGAGAUAUCUCUUGGUUGUGGAUCGUCUCAUCGCUCUGGAUGCUGCUGAAGAGUUCUUUAAGAUCGCUAGCCGAACUUACCCCAAGAAGCCUGGGGUCCCGUGCCUGGGAGACGGCCAGAAAAAACUACAGUAUCUUCCAUUUCCAAGUCCCUAGAGGGAGGCCCAGAAGGACGGAGUUCUUUUACCUCGGCACCGUCGUUUGCCAAAGUCAGGCAGCUCCCUGCAGUUGAUGAGCCAGGAGAGGGCUUCUCCACUCCAACACAGUUCUGAAUCCUAUAAAACAUAAGGUCUUCCUUAGAACCUUGGCCUAAGAAUGCUUUGGUUACACUGAAACACCUGGGCCCCGGCCAUGAGGGAGGUCAGAGGGUCGGCUGGCGGCUAGUCCUUCCUCCAUAGUCAGAUUCCAAGAACUCGCUGCCUCCUUGGUUAUAAAAGCUCCAGCCAUUGAACCCCAGGGAGAUGUUCGCUAAUCCACAGAAUAGCGUGACCAGUAGAGAAAGUGUGGCUGAGCCCCGAGUUACUUCACCAACACUGAAGUAAUCAUUAUUAAAUGUAAUACUAGAUGUAGUGCCUCAAAUUUCAUGAAGUUUUAGACCUCUCUUUGAUUCGGAAACACCUGCAGCAGCUCAAAAGGUUCGGGGCAUCCUUUUGAGCAUCGUACUUUUUUUUGUUUUUUGUUUUUUUUUAAGUAUAGGUGGCCCAGACAAUAGGAAUGUGCAGGCGUGCAGCCCAGAUAGCAGAACUUCCAGCACCUAAGUGUCUUCACCUGUGACGCGAGCACCCUAAAACCUCAGCACUAACCCCCCAAAUUAAAGUUACCCAGUUACCUCAUUUUUUACAUGUUGCUCAUUUCUAGUCCAAAGGCCCUUGGUUUUUUUUUUGUUUGUUUGUUUGUUUUCUGAAUAGCAUCUGUGAACUGGAAUGUUUGGCCUAUAUGCUGCCUAUUAGCCGAGGGUUGCAGCUGUCCUGUGACCUUCUGGUGCAGACUUGCAGACACGAGAGGCAGUGACCUACCCACAGAGGUCUUCUCUCCCUCUGAAGAUGAUUUUUCAAAAUGGAACUAUGCUAACGGUGCAGGUUGGCCACAGACCAAGAAGCCCUGUUUCCCAAGAUCUUAAGCAAGAAGCUUGCCAAGAGCUUGUGGUUCGUCUUGCUGAAGAGCCUUUAAAGACUUUGAGACUUGUCAGUAGACUGCUGAGAACAAUAGAGAUAUUUUUAUUUUUUAAUGAUUUUGCACUUCUGACUUCAGGUUGAAAAUAAAUAUCUAUUGGUCUGUUCAGGGGACUGUGACUUGAAAAAUUUCAUAUCCUGAGAAGGGUUUUUUUUUUUUUUUUUUUUUUUUUUUUUUUGCUUGUGUACUCCAUGUUUAAAAUAUUCCCUAGGAAAUACGUGUCUUUCAUCCACUAAUAUAUUGUAGACUAGUUUAACAGAUAUGUUUCAGGAAAAUUCUUCCUAGUUUAAUAAGUAAGGUAAAAAUUUUAUUUUUUUUUAAUAUUUACUGCUUAAUUUCUGCUUCAUAGUGUUUAAAAUUAGCCGGUGGAUACUUUCAGUUACUUCUGUGGGCUUUUACAAGAUAAGCAAUAAAAUAAACAAAAGAAAUCUUAGAAUGUUGUAUUGUUUUUAUCUCUCAGAAUUUGUUUUGUCUUUUGUCAUUUUUAAUGUCAAAAUAUAUGAGCUUGUCUGUGUCUGUGAAUUGUAAACCAUAAUUUUAAUUUUUUUUUGGUAAUGAACAAGUAAGGAUAAAAUUAUCUCUGAGGUAAUUAGAAUAUAUGAAAUUACCCAGGAAUGUUUUUCUAAGGAAUUAAAAAGAUUUCUCUGUGA